GAGGGGUUGGACUUGCAAAGGCGGGCGAGGCCUCUUGUCAGCGCCCGAGGAGUGAAGGGGCGGGGGAUGGGGAGCUCCGCCAGCGGGAGAAGUAGAGCAGCUUCAGCCGAGACUGGGAGCAGCCUGCCAAGCAGCAGGACGUCAGGCCAAGGAAACAAUACUACCAACAUGAGUCGCCGCCUACCACUCACCGAGCUGUCCGAAGCUGACAUCUGUGGGAUGCUCCGUGAAGAGCUCUGCCAGGGGAAUGACUUCCUCAAAUUGGAUACUCACAUCUUCAUCAUCUUUGGAGCUUCGGGUGACCUAGCCAAGAAGAAGAUCUAUCCAACUAUCUGGUGGUUAUAUCGUGAUGGGCUGCUUCCUGAUGACACAUAUGUGGUGGGUUAUGCCCGAUCCCAGCUCACAGUUGCCGAUAUCCGCAAACAGAGUCACCCGUAUCUCAAGGCCAGCCCCAAGGAAGAAAAAAAACUGGAUGAUUUUUUUGCUCGCAAUUCAUACAUCUCAGGCAAAUAUGAUGACCAGGCCUCUUUUGAAAAGCUAAAUGCCCACCUGAAUGCCCUUCACAAUGGAGAGAAGGCAAACCGUCUCUUCUAUCUGGCUCUCCCCCCCAGCGUCUAUAAGGAAGUCACUACGCACAUCCAGAAGACCUGCAUGAGCUCUAUUGGCUGGAAUCGGCUGAUUGUGGAAAAGCCCUUUGGCAAGGACUUGGAUAGCUCCAAUGAUCUGUCCAAUCACAUGUCGGCACUGUUUAGAGAGGACCAGAUCUAUCGCAUUGACCACUACCUGGGCAAGGAGAUGGUGCAGAACCUAAUGGUGCUCAGAUUUGGAAACCGGAUAUUUGGCCCCAUCUGGAACCGUGACAACGUGGCCUGUGUCAUUUUGACUUUCAAAGAGCCAUUUGGCACAGAGGGCCGGGGAGGCUACUUCGAUGAGUUUGGCAUUAUUCGGGAUGUUAUGCAGAAUCAUCUUCUUCAGAUGCUUUGUCUGGUAGCUAUGGAGAAACCAACUUCCACCAACUCUGAUGAUGUCCGUGAUGAAAAGGUGAAGGUUCUGAAGUGCAUCAAAGAGGUGACAAGUGAAAAUGUAGUCCUUGGGCAAUAUGUGGGCAAUCCAUCUGGAGAAGGAGAGGCUCAGAAGGGCUACCUUGAUGACUCCACAGUUCCAGCUGGCUCUACCACCCCUACCUUUGCUGCUGCUGUGCUGUAUGUGGACAAUGAAAGGUGGGAUGGGGUACCAUUUGUCUUGCGCUGUGGCAAGGCACUGAAUGAGCGCAAGGCAGAAGUACGGCUGCAGUUCCGGGAGGUGCCAGGUGACAUUUUCCAACACCAGUGCAAACGCAAUGAAUUGGUGAUUCGUGUGCAGCCUAACGAGGCUGUUUACACCAAAAUGAUGACCAAGAAACCAGGCAUGUUCUUCAACCCAGAAGAAUCGGAACUGGACCUCACUUAUGGCAACCGCUACAAGGAUGUGAAACUCCCAGAUGCAUAUGAGCGCCUUAUCUUGGAUGUUUUCUGUGGCAGCCAGAUGCACUUUGUGCGCAGUGACGAAUUACGAGAGGCCUGGCGUAUAUUCACUCCGCUGCUCCACCAAAUCGAGGCAGAGAAGACAAAACCAAUUUCCUAUUGCUAUGGCAGCCGUGGUCCUACCGAGGCUGAUGAAUUGAUGAAGAGAGUUGGAUUUCAGUAUGAAGGCACCUACCGGUGGGUCAAUCCUCACAAGCUCUGAAUCCUGUCAGCCUCUGCCUCUUGGAAUGGCAUCCACAGCUCAUCUCCAUCUCUCUCCAGAGAAACUGAGCCAGCCAGGCUCAGCAGUGGCCUGUGUCCUACCCAAAGAUUGUAACGUGCCCAUCUUGUGUCUGAGGGAGCAACCCGUUGGGCUUAGGCAUUCGUGCACUUCUCCAGCUGCAGUGGGAUGCCUUCAGUAUGAACAGCAUCUUCUUCUGCUGACCUCUUGGUGUCCCUCGUGUACACUCUGUCUCUAUCCCAUUCCAGUUUCUGCUGCUAUGCUGGGAAAGCUUCUGGAGGGAUGGGAAAGCUGCAGAGGGGUUUUUUUUUGCUCUCACACUCCAUACUCCUUCCUCAUCUGGUAUGCUGCUUUAUCAAUUGCUUUUACUUGGAACUACUUCUUACAUUCCUUUGGAUUUUGUACAUGAUGCUGUUCUGUAAAUGGAAGUUAUUACAAAAACUCCCCCAU